CUGGGCGGUGCGCGUGGGUGGAGGAGGUGCCCGCCGGGACCGAGCAGCCCGUGCCGGUCGCCCGCCGCUCGCGCCGCGACAUGGAUCCUCCGGCGCUGGUCGUGGUGUCCCUCGUGCUGCUCUGCUCCGCAGGUCUAACGAGAAGCCUGAGUAUAACUUCAGUUGACCAGUCAAUGUUUGAAAAAGCACAAGGGGAGAAAGUUACAUUGCCAUGUACUUUUGUACUCUCAGAAGAAGAUGAAGGCCCACUAGAUAUUGAGUGGGUAUUGAUACCAUCAGAUAAUCAAAAGAAGGAACAAAUAAUAAUUAUGUAUGCUGUAGACAGGAUCUAUAAUAAUUAUUAUGCUGCUAUGACUGGGCGGAUGCAGUUUACUAAUCCUGAUCCCAAAUCUGGUGAUGGUUCAUUGGAUAUCUUGAAUUUGAAGUCCACAGACACUGGCACGUACCAGUGCAAAGUGAAGAAGGCUCCUGGAGUUCAAAGUCAAAAAAUACAGUUGUCUGUACUUGUAAAGCCAGCAAGAACUAAAUGUUCCAUCGAAGGAUCACAGGAGAUUGGAAAAGAUGUCAUCUUGAAAUGCGUAUCACAAGAAGGAUCCCCACUUUUGUCUUACAACUGGAGGAGAGUAUCUGGAGUAUCUGGCAUACAGGAACUUCCUGCCACUGCCACGCUAAAUAAAAAUACUGGGGAACUUCUCUUGAAAAAUGCCUCUCAAGACUAUUCUGGUACAUACACUUGUUUUGCCUCAAACAGAGUUGGUACGGAUGAAUGUUCCAUUGAGCUGAAUGUCACCCCUCCUAUAAAUACAGCUGGUGUAAUUGUUGGAGCUAUUAUAGGAACUCUGCUGGGUCUUUUUAUACUGGCUUUUCUUGUCGUCUGUUGCUGUAAGAAACAGAGGGAGAAGAAAUAUGAGAAGGAAGUACAUCAUGAGAUCAGAGAAGAUGUCCCACCUCCAAAAAGUCGCAGUUCAACAGCCCGCAGCUACAUAGGCAGCAAUCGUUCCUCUCUGGGUUCAAUGUCUCCCUCAAAUAUGGAAGGAUAUACCAAAACACCAUAUAGCCAAGUUCCAAGUGAAGACUUUGAACGUCCUCCUGGUCAAAACCCAUCCUUUGCACCUUCAAAGGUAGCUGCACCUAAUUUAAGUAGAAUGGGAGCUGUCCCUGUGAUGAUUCCAGCACAAAGCAAAGACGGGUCCAUAGUAUAAAAUAUUAUUAAUUUAAAUGCUGUUUUUAAAAUGUUCAUUGUAAGUAUUAGAGAAAACUGCUGUGUUCUAUCCCUCAUUUAAAUAAUGACAUGCAAUUUUCUUUGAAGAAAAUGAACAAGUUAGUUUGAAAAGCCACCAAUUUUAAUUUUUAAUUUUAAACUUAUUAGUAUAUGACAGCUGAACUAUUUGCUAAAAACAUUGAGAUUCCUAAAUAAAUAUCAGACACUGGAGAUAUUUGGACCUCUGGUAGGUCACUGAAGAGACACUGUCAGCUAGUGUGCAGUCCUGAAUAUUUAACAGUGAGGCACAAGUGAGGAGUAACAAAAGCAUUUCAUAUGUAGAUCAUUAAGUUUCUCAGAGUUCCUGAAACUUUAUCCUCAAUUUUGGAAUAACAGAAAUAUUUGAACUUGGCCACUGUCUGAUGUCUGUGGCAGGGGGCUGAGAUACUGAGGAUGACUUUGAAUUCUGUUCAAACUUAGUAUUUAUGCAGUUCUUUAACCUGGUAAUGUUUGGAGCACUUCUUGAGCUCUUACUUCAGGGGCUCCCAGUUACUUGGUUCAAUUAAUUUAAUGAGUAUUCUGAAUUUUAAAUUUUCAGUGAGUGGAAUGUGAUGGGAGACCUUGCAAGUUCUUUGAAACAUGAAUUUUUCUGUAAUAACUAGUUCUAGUCAUGUCAGAUAACUUAAUAUUUAUGUUAUCUAUGUGUGUGUCUAUUUAGAUUAGGUAUUAGGAAGAAAUUCUUUACUGUGAGGUUGUUGAGACACUGGAACAGGUUGUCCAAAGACAAUGUGGAUCCCUGGUCAUGUUCAAGGCCAGGUUGGAUGGGGCUUUGAGCAGCCUGAUCUAGCAGAACCUGCUUGUGGCAGGUGGGUUGGAACUGGAUAAUCUUUAAGGUUUUUUCCAACACAAACCACUGCUUCUAUGAUUAUCUGAUGCAAGAGGUCCUAUCAGGUUCUUCUUGUUGGUAUCUAGGCUUUAAAAUCUAUAGAUCAAAUGUUAGUCUCACAGUAAGAAUGAAUAUGUAUCUUUAUGCAGGUCUUACGUUAAUUGUACCUUGCAUUUUUCCAAAGACUGUUUAGAUUCUAAGGCAGUGCUCUUACUUUUUUUCCAAACCGAUUGCUUAGAGGCUCCAUGGAUUUUUAAUAAAAGCUGUUAAGUAACUGAUAUUUGAUAACUAUCCUUCUUCCAACAUCACUGUGGAAACAUCUUUUCUUACACAUGUAAGCAGUAGUUAGCCUUUACUUAAGAUUCUAAUAUCUUGCAGUAUGAAUUUGCAAGGAGUGUAAAGCUUGUUUUUCCAUGCCUCCUCAACAGCCCUAAAUAUUUUGAACAGACAUUUAGACUUCAAGAGCACCAGUUUCAUGCAGCCAGAAUCUGAGGGGAAUUAGUUAUCCAGAAUUGAUGCAAAUUUCAUGUUUCAAGAUUUAAACCCCUUCUUCCCAGUUUUGCAAGCUUAAAGCAUUACAAGAGGAACAGAACAAUUGCUUAUCUUACUUUUACACAUGCUCUGAUAGUUUCUGAUGAUUGAUAAUUGCACACAUGUGGAAGCUGAAUUUAAAGUUUAAUGCAGUUUGAAUCUUUGUGGAUUUUUUUUUCUUCUUUCCUGUUUUCUACUUUCUUCUUCAUCCUGUGCUGAGGGCUAGAGUUAGUGGUGGUAAAGUCCCUUCAGCUAAUUCUAGCCAUAGAUGUUAAACUGCAAGGAAUUUUGGAAAACUCUAAAGCGUGUAGUAUGUGGCACUGAUGUUGAUGAAGGAAAUCUGAAUAGCCUGUUGAAAGAUGUUAGGAUUAUUUGUGUGUAGCAACAGUGUGAGAGAAAACAUUUGCCCAAACUUCUAGGUUUAGUGUCUGCUUUUUUUAUAGCUGCUUAUAGAUCUGUGAAUUCUACAGCUUCCUACUUAAUGUUUGUCCUAUCUCUAGUUAGAGGCACAAUUUUUGGCUGGCACUAUUGAAGAAUAUACCCUUCAUACUGAAUUUAGAAACUUGAAUGGCUGUUAAGUAUUCUAGACUUUUACAGUUUUACACAUUUGGGACUUUUUUAGAUUGUAAACUGAUACUGUUAGAGAUCAGAUUUUUUAUCUUUCAUGUGUGCCUUGUCAAUAAUCUUUGCCUGAUUGUAACUUCAAUUUUUAUGAAAUUUCUGGUGCCUAAACUUAUUGUUUGAACAGGUGCUUAGAUGAUGGUACAGUUCUUAAAGCAUGACACUGUGAUCUGAUUUCUUGAUUUCUUAUGUACUUUAAUACCUCUUCAUGCCUAUUUUCAGAUGUUAUAACUUCAGUGUUUCUCUCUGUAUUGGUCUGUGUUUCAAAAUGUCAGUUGCUUCUUCAGUUGCUAGUUAUGAUCUAAGUGUUCAUGUUUCUGAAAACUAUUCAGUUGUUGUACCAGUAAGAUUAAUGAUUGACUUUUCCUUGUGUGGUAAAUAAUAGGUUUAGUAACUGUGCCAAACAUUUGCUUAUGAAGAGCACUAGAUGAGGAGACAUCUUCUUGCAUCUAAUUGUGAUAGAAGAGACUUAGGAGAUUUUAAUCAUACUCUGAUUGUUUACCUUGAAACUAAGGCCUUCCUGAAUUAAAAGGGUAUAGUUAUAAUAAAUACAAGUUGAGUACAAAACUAAACUGAAUCACAGACUGUGAGAGCUAUAAACCUAAGCAGCCAGGCAACAAACCUACUGAAUUUGGUUCUUAGCCAUCUGUGGACAUAUGUGAAAUUGUAUGUGAGUUUUGUGUUAUGUUUGUUUGCUUUUAGUUUUGGGGUGGGUGUAUUUUGUUGUUGGUUGGUUUUGUGGGGUUUUUUUCUUUCUUUAUUUGGCCUGAGACCCUGUACUUAGGUAAGCUCUAGGACACUCAAGAACAGAAACCUGUUUUGUUAGAGCAUACAGAGCAGAGUUUGCACAUGCUUAAUGCUCUGUCAGCUUGUACAACAUAAAUGGACAGAACCGGAGGACAUCAUGAUGUGCCCUCAGAGCCUGGCUGUUAGGCUUAAAAGCUUUGACAGUGUCUGUCUAUUUACGUAAUUGCAUGGAAAAUAAAAUAAAUAGAAUCUGACAUAGUCCUUAUCUGAAAUAAAGAACCUCUGACUUGGGGUAAACUUUGCCUCAAGUUGCUAGCAUCAUGCCUUUUUGAAUGGAUACAACACUACUAUGAAAACACUAUACUAUUAUAUUAGUAUUAUACUACCUGUUAUAAAUUCUUUCUUUCAUCAGUAGAUUGCUCACUUACACUGGACUGUGAUUCUCAAAAGUAGCAACUAUAGUUUAGCAGUGAUCUCUAGCUGUGUAGGAGGUGAUCUGGUUAAAUAUGUGAGGUGUCCAGCGUUAGAUGACUUUGCUAACAGAAUCGUUUUAGGAAGUAAUGGCAUCUGGUUAUACCAGUUAGAAGGUGGCAUUUUUAAUGUCUCAUUUUAUAUUAAAAAAAAAUAAAAGGCGGGGGGAGAGCAGUACCAUUAUGUAAAUAUUCAGUGAGCUCAAAAAACCUCUAGUUAAUGUCAUGACUGUAAACUUGCCUGUUGAGGAAUACUAUAUAUAUAGAGAGAAGAAACCCCUUGAUUUUAGCAUGGUGUGAAUAAAGUGCUAGACUUGUAAUACUGUAGAGGUUACGUAACACUUGUCCGUACAUUACAAGCAUUUUCAUAAACUUUCUGAAAUGGGUAUUUAAAGAUAUUUGUGUGAAACUUCCUUACCUAAAAAGGAAUACUUCCUCCAAAACUGUAGUGCACAGAAAUGCCUUGUUGGAGGGGUAAACCAUUACUCUAAAGAAAUGUACAAUGCAUACAUCUUUAUCAGCUCUGAUAGUUGCAUUCAUAUUAGGUGUAUGCUUCAUGCUUAAUAGUACAAGUAAGACUUCUUAAUUGCAAGUUUUUCUGUAAUGUUGAAUAUUGUAUAUUACUGACUUCUGUGAUAAGCUUUUGGUUUUGUUCUUAACAGUGUAUAUUCUGGAUCACUGUAGAUCUUUCUUCCAGUCUGAAGACAUAAUGCUAUUUGUUUCACUUAAACCUUGUUUUACACACUUUAUAGGUGCUUUGUGGGACCCUUUGGUUAUUGGUCCUCUAAUAUUGAGGCACAGCUCAACUGAAAUCGGAGCAAUAAUAAAUAUUUCCUGAAAUCCAAAAUGUUAUGGUGUUACAUUACGCUUCUCAUGCACAAAGCAUGGACUUGAAUAUUGAUGUGAAUUUUAGUAUGAGGUUUUAUAUUCACACUUCUGGGGGGAAUGGGAUUUUGAAAUACAAGUGUUGUGAGUGAAUUUGUAAAAACAAAAUAUGAGAUUUUAAAAUGCUGUAGUUCCAUGACAGACUUGUGUACUUUUUGAAAUAAAACUGUUGGAGAAAACA